UCUUUAGUUUUGGAAGUCGGGAUUCAAACUUUUGGACUUUUUUCUUCAAACUUUAUUUAAACAUAUCAAUAAGUUAAAAAUAAUGAAUUUAUUUUGUGUGUUGUUGAUCGUGUUUGUUUUGACAGAGUAUUCGAAAACAGUUGUUUCGCAAAUUAUUGAUGGCAUAGCGGUUGAAAAUAUCAAAGAUUACAAUUAUAUCGUUGGAAUUCAGUAUCACAGGAGUGACGGUGCUGAUUUUUAUAAUUGUAUUGGGACUAUAAUAAAUAGUUACAAAAUAGUUACUGCAGCACACUGUCUUUUUAACAACACGCCCAGCUUUACGUUGAUUUUUGGGUCACAAAAACUCACCGAACCAGUUUAUACCGUGAAUAUUACUGAUUUAGACUAUACAAUUCAUCCGAAAUACAGUCGAGGUAGCCCGUACUUAAAUGACAUAGGUGUGAUUGAAUUGAAAAAAGCAUUACCAUUUGGGGAGCAUAUUGGCAAAAUCGAUAUGGUAGACAAGAAAAUGAUUGAAAAGGAAUAUGCAGGACAUACGGAUGAAGAAGUGACAAUGUUAGGAUACACGACAUCGGAACAUCCUAAACGAACCCCGUCAUACAGUCCCUUAAUGUCCGUUGUUUCGAAAAUUGCCGAUUUUGCUGAAUGUAAACGGACGUAUCGGAAAAGAAAACAAAAUUGUGUGUUAGAUUUUGAACGACAAUUUUGCGUUGCUUUGCGUGGACCGCAUCAUAAUAUGCAUUUAUCGAAUGCGGGCGAUUCGGGAGGGCCUGUCAUUCUAAAACUAUGGACGAAAAGCUCCAAACCAAGUAUAAAACAUUUUUUCCUGGGUUUUACUUCGAACGACAUACGUGGUCUCCCUGAAAUAUGCACGAAAGUCGCUGGACAUUUGGAUUUUAUUGCAAAUCCAAAGGCUUUUGUAGCGAAAUAUAACAAAAAGCAGAAUGCUGCAUCCAAAUCGAAGAGCAAAUUCAAGUUUUCAAAGUGUAUACCCUCCAUGUAAACGAAAUAGAAAACGAACGAAUUUCGGAUGGCAACUGGCAACACUUUACUCCGUUGUAACACAGAAUGUUUUGCUCUAUAAGUUACUCUUUUUCACCUGUUUAAAUAAAGUAUUUUCUCUGAAGCGAGAGAAUGAACUUAA